CUAGAGCAUAGGAGACCAUACUAACCUCUCCACUCCUGAGGUCCCAGGAGACGGUCUAACUCUUUUUAUGGCAGGUCCAGCCCUCCCGGAACCAGUCAAAGCUGAGGCCCCCAUAGCCCCUAAAGAGUCCUGGCACACUGCCACGCUUGGGGAAGAUCCAUCCGCUGCGGUGUUUCGGUUCUCAGAUCCCGACGCCACCACUGCAGGAGUGGAUGUUUCCCCAGACAUUUUAAGUUUCCUUAACUUCUGUCGUUGUGCUCCGGAAGGCCUAUGCCUGAAGGGUCCAGCUACAUCAGAUGAUGUUCCAGCCCCUUCAGGAACGUAACCACCAGACUCUUCAGUAAUAACAGAGAGCCUGGUGACAUCAUCCAGGAGUGUCGCGAGCGAGCUCCUGGAAGUCUCCUCAGGUGGGUCCAGGAAUGCCCCCACUGAGCUCCCACCUAACCCCUCUUCACAACGUACAAUCAUUUCCAAAUGUAAGUCCGUGUCCGAGCCAGAGUCAUCGCCUGUAAUUGUGGUCCGUUUGUCAGUUUUUUUAUAGAUUGGGUACAU